CCGCCGUCGUGUCUCCGGUGCUUCCCUGGCCCCGUCAGUUUCUUGACUUUCCUUCCCACUCCUGCGCAGCUCUGGUCCGAGUUUUCGCCUCCCUGUCCCUCGCCUGUCUUCUGGCCAACAUGUCGGAGUACAACGCGGUACCGCCGCCCGGCUCCGGGGCCCCUCUCGGCGGACAGGCAGCUCUUGGAAACGGAGCUGGAGGCAUCAAGAAAGAUGCGUUUGCGGACGCGGUGCAGCGGGCCCGGCAGAUCGCAGCUAAGAUCGGGGGUGAUGCUGGUCCUCCCAUGAACAACAACAACACCGCAUCAGAUGGCUUUCCAUUUACUGCACAGAAACGACAGCUGGAGGAUCCAGAUGAACCAGAGAGCAAGAAAAUGGCUGCACAGAGUGACUUGGAAUCAGCUAAAGCGCUGUCUAUUAGCGCACAGCUCGCUGCUCUUGCACAACAAAGACCUGCCUCCACCACAGAAGAGUACAGUGUUCCAGAUAGCAUGGUGGGACUCAUUAUUGGCCGUGGAGGUGAACAGAUCAAUAAAAUUCAACAGGAGUCAGGCUGCAAGGUUCAGAUUGCUCCAGACAGCGGAGGCCUUCCAGAGAGGAGCGUCUCUCUCACAGGCUCCCACGACUCCAUACACUCUCCUCCGGCUAGGAAAGCCAAGAGGCUGUUGGAUGAGAUAGUUUCACGAGGGAGGGGUGAACCCCCUUGUUCUUAUCACGAGUCCACCAACGGGCAGAGCGGCACAGUUCAUGAGAUGAUGAUCCCAGCUGGCAAGGCUGGCCUUGUCAUUGGCAAGGGAGGAGAGACUAUCAAACAGCUACAGGAGCGUGCAGGGGUGAAGAUGAUCCUGAUCCAGGAUGCCUCUCAGGGACCCAAUGUUGACAAGCCCCUGCGCAUUAUCGGAGAGCCAUACAAAGUCCAGCAAGCCCAGGAAAUGGUGCAGGAGAUUCUGAGGGAGAGAGACCAUGGCGGCUAUAGUGAAAGAAAUGACUUCAGCUCCCGAAUGGGCGGCGGCAUGGAUAUCCCGGUGCCACGACACUCAGUCGGUGUUGUCAUUGGACGCAACGGAGAGAUGAUCAAGAAAAUCCAGAAUGAUGCUGGAGUUAGGAUACAGUUCAAACAAGAUGACGGGACUGGUCCAGAUAAGAUUGCCCACAUCAGUGGUCCUCCCGACCGCUGCGAACAUGCUGCCCAGAUCAUCAACGACCUGCUGCAGAGCAUCAGGGUCAGGGAGGAAGGACAGGGGGGCCCCCCAGGUCCUCCAGGCAUGCCUGCGGGCAACAGGGGCCGAGGUGGAGGACAAGGCGGUUGGGGUCCCCCUGGAGGGGAAAUGACCUUCUCUAUUCCUGCCCACAAGUGUGGGCUCGUGAUUGGCCGGGGAGGAGAGAAUGUCAAGUCCAUCAACCAGCAGACAGGGGCGUUUGUGGAAAUCUCUCGACAGCCACCCCCCAACGGAGACCCGAACUUCAAGCUGUUUAUCAUCCGGGGCUCACCGCAGCAGAUCGACCAUGCCAAGCAGCUCAUUGAAGAAAAGAUUGAGGGUCCUCUCUGUCCUGUGGGCCCGGGGCCAGGUGGACCAGGUCCUGCUGGUCCAAUGGGUCCCUACAACCCCAACCCAUACAACCCCGGACCGCCCGGGGCCCCUGGACCACCACAUGGUGGUCCUCCAGGUCCUCACCAGUACAAUCCUCAGGGCUGGAGCAGCACCUACCAGCAGUGGCAGCCCCAGGCACCCCAUGACCCCAGCAAGGCAGCAGCCAAUGACCCUAACGCAGCCUGGGCGGCCUACUACGCUCAGUACUACCAGCAGCCGUCAGGGGCUGUGCCAGCCCAGUACCCCACAAACCCAACUGGAGGUGCCCAAACAUCAGGGGACCACACCCAGCCCGCACAGACGCCAGGGGGCCAGCCAGACUACACCAAGGCCUGGGAGGAGUACUACAAGAAGAUGGCACAGGCAGGUGGCUCCGUCCCUGGGACAGUAGCUGCAGUCCCCGGAGCAGCAGGGGGAGCAGCAUCCACAACGGGAGGCCAGCCGGACUACAGCGCAGCCUGGGCAGAGUACUACAGGCAGCAGGCUGCAUACUAUGGACAGACAGGGCAGGCUCCUGGCCAGCCAGCCACCCCUCAGCAAGGGCAGACGCAGUGAGAGAUCAUAGCAGAAGGUCUGAGCCUGGAGAGAAUCAAGAAGACGGGAUGAGGAGGACAACCCUGAACUUUGGCCAGGAUCUACGCUGUUAAGUUGUAUUUUUUGUUUGUUUGUUUGUUUUUUGUGGAAGUAAAACCCUUCCAAACCACCAAACAUCAUCUGGAUACUUUUUAAUAAAAAUGUGAACUGAACAGACGUUCUAGUGCUUUGCUCCUGAAGGGAGGGAUAAGACUGAUGAUCCCAUCAUGGCAGGUACGCAAAGCUUCAUAAUGCCUCUACAAACAUUUAUAUAUACCAUUAUAAACAACGGGAGCCUUGAAACGCCAAUACAUCUAUCUCAUCUUUAUUUUAAUAUCUUAAGACAUCCAAGUCCCAUUUUUAAAGCCCUAACCUUCAUAUCUAAGUGUUAUAUUUACUGAAUUGCACAGAGCUAUUAGAACUAUAAUCAUAUUGUGUAUCUGGUACAGGUCAUAAAUCAGAGAAAUCCUUUUUAAAGCUCAUUUUUUUGCUCAGUGUUUUGAUUUUCUUUCUUUUAAUUAUCACAUUUUCCUCUAGUGAAGCUUGCAUGGUGUAAAAUUUGAUUUUUAUUUUUUUUUUUCCCUUUUGCUUAUGAAUGUCUUCACCUACAGUACUUUGUAUGAGUGAACUAAUUUUAAAGUGCACAAGUAGAAUUCUACAAUGUUGAUUCAUGCAUGUGGGGUGACUAGUAAUCGUUGAAAGUCGGUAGAGGUGGAUGAAAAAACAGCUAAUAAAGAGCAAUGCCAGCCUUCAUCUGCAGAGCAGCUUCAGUCGGCCUUCUACUGGUGACAUGCAAGUCCUUAACUGGGUGUAAUGACGUGAAAGUGUUCUCCAAGAUGCAAAGCCAUGAGUUUGAGGGAUGGAGUGUGGAAAUGUGGUUUUACAUCAGAUAUUCACAUAAGGAUUUAAAGCUUUUUAUUAGGAUGUUUUACUUGGGGAGGCAAUGAAAGCUAAUGAACUCAGUCCUGGUAUCCUCAAAGAUUUAAAGACAAGUCGUUUUUUUUUUUUUUUAAUUGUUCAUAGGUUGCAGGAACUAUGCGCCUUACACCACGUUAUGCAUAUUUGUUUUGGCCUUGGAUGCAAGUGGCUGAUGUAGCAUGCUUGGUUCAUGUUGCCGUGAUUCGAGACUUUUCUCCUUGCUUAAAUUUGUUUUGCCUUUUUAUCAUAUGGCGCCUCUUCAGCUUCUUCAAAUGUCCAUUCUGGGCUAAAACAAAAAACACCGGCCCACUGUGCAUGGAAGCCCAAAAUGAAGAGAAAGAUUCAUUUUAAAUUUGGCCAGCUUGGUGUUUCAUAUUGCUUUGAAAACUUUAAAGUGAUUGUCACACCUUCUCAAAACCAACUUGUACUUCUCGUGGGCAUUCACCUUGAAGCAACUGCAUAGCUGUCUUUUUCCACGUAGUGACUUGUGUAAUGUGAAAGUGUCUUGUUUUUUCUGUGGAGGUUCUGACAUCCUCUGUAGUUCGCACAUCUGCAGGUUCUUCUAUAAUGGGAACAUGUCACAUAAGGCUACAUUUAAACCAUGCUGUGAUUUUGUUUAGUCUCCAGGAUGCAUGUUAUUGCUUUCUACUUUGGUUUUUAUGGAUGCUAACAAGAAUCUGAUGAUCAUCUGCCUUCCCACAUUGUCAUUGUUUGUGUGCGAAAGAAUGAAAUUUAGUCUUCCGAUGUGUCUCACUUUAAAAUAUAUUGUAUAUGUACAUAUAUUCAGCAAUAUAAAUGGCUGUUGGUUUUGACUUACAGAGAUGUAUCAGGUAUGAUUCUUGUAUUCUGAACGGCAGCUGAGAGCCUGCCUUUGGCAGCAGUGUUGAUAUUGUUAAUAAAUGACCACCAGCAGCAAUACUCUGAAUUAAAAAGAGGCAUAUGUCAAUUACUUUAAAAUGUGUGAACAUUUUUUUUUGAAUUGCAUUUUCUUUUACAAAUAGUUAAUAUAGCCGGUUGUUGCACGACACUAACAAAAGCACAUUUGAGAUAAAUCACCACUAGAUGUCAUUAGUCCUCAGAUUAAAUCAGACUACUGCAAAGAUGAUGAAAGCCCAUUUAUUGGCAAAAAAAAAUCUUUUUUUAAAAAUGAUUUUUUUUUUAAAGAUAACUGAAGGCACACAUAUAUCAAAUAUAGG